AUGGUGGUGACGGUGGUAGUGGUUGAGGUGGAAGCGGCAUCGCCGUUUGCCGCCAGCAGCCUGCUCUACUCGGGUUGCCCAUCUGCACUCACUAGCCUCCGGUUUGUCAACAUCACCGACAACGUCCAUACUGCGGACGCCGUGGUCAUGUCACACCCGUCUGUCCCGGUUUCGUCGUAUCCGUCGCUCGCGAUCAUUCCGUCGACACCCUCGCCGCCUGGAUCCACAGCGUUUGGACCCAAGGUGGCGCUCGCCGAGUGGGACGCCGGCUACUCGCACUUUGCGCAGGGGCUCGACACCGGAGACUGCGAUGGUGACGGCCACAUCGACGUCGCGACCAUCACCUCGGGUGCAGACAAGGCGGUCACGGUCAUCUUCUCGCCCGGCGAGUGGUCUACGCUCGGCGGCUCUGUGCCCGGAGCCGACUACACGGUGCUUGACACUGUGACGGUCGAUACUCCGGGCAAUAAUCCACAGGCUGUUGUCGUAGCUGAUGUGUCUGGUGACGGGCUCGACGAUGUCAUCACGGUCUCAGGCUCGUACUCGUCCGGCACUAUUCGGGUCUAUGUCUACACCGGCGCCCGUUCGUUUGACACAGCCCACGUUGUAGGCUCGGUCACAUCGCCACGCUCGCUCGCCGCUGGAGACGUCGACAGCGACGGCAAGUUCGACCUGCUCGUCGGCUCGUACAACAGCAAAGUCGUGUUUGGUUACAACGCGGUCAACGUGCUGUACAACCCGGGUCCGGGCUCGGCGCGCACCAUGACGUCGUGGUCCGCAACUUUGCUUUACAACGCGGGUCACAAACACUUUGUCGGGCGGACUGGCGACGUCAACCAUGACAACCGCCCUGACAUCUUUGUCUCUAUCUCCGCCGCGCCCACAAAUGGCAUCAUGUACUUCGAGUCGACCGGCGCAACAGGCUACUCGCUGGUCACCACGCUUUCUACAGCCGACACGACUGCCAACGUGGUCGAGCUGGCUGAUAUCAACGGCGAUGCCCUGCUAGAUGUUGUUGGCUACUCCAGCUCGAACAGCGCUACCAACGUCGUGGUCUGGUUUCACUCUGCACCACAGGGCGACUUUUUUGCUGGCUUUGACAGCUUUGAGGUUGUCGUUGACGUGGCGACUUCGACAAGCGAGCUCCGCGCUCCAGUUGCUGUUUCGGCAAGUUUCAUCUCGCCCGCCUCGCUCGUGUUUACCACGCCGGCAUCCAACGCCACCGGCCCGCACGUCAUCAGCGUUGUCCGCUCGCUUGCCAACAGCGACGGCAGUGGCGACGUGACGACUCGGCUGCCAGGCCUCCUCGACUACGUCUCGCACGGAUGCAUCGCGCCGGGCUUUGUGUGGCGCUCGCUCGAAUGCAAGCCGUGCUCCGAGUUUGAAGGCGCGCACUGUCCUGGCGGCGAGCGGUUCUGGCCUCGGACCGGAUACUGGGCGGCGUCAGAACGGGAGCCGCCGUCGCGGUGUUUUGUCGAGGCCGCGUGCCCCGGCGCUCUGGGCGAGGUGAGCGUGUAUCCGGCUUUAGUCAACAUCGAUGGCUCGCGCAAGACCGACCAGUGCGCGCUCGGCUACACCGAUGAGUAUUGCUCGGUCUGCGCCGACGGGUACUACAUGCAGGAUGGCGUGUGCCGAACGUGCGGCUCAGAUGCAGCUGCAAAGGCCGAGCUUGCCGCCAUCGUCAUUGUGGCCUCGGUCAUGUUUGGCGUCAUCCUGCUCGCGCUCCUCCUCCUCUCGGUCCGCCACCUUGUGACGGUCGUCUCGGCCAUUGUUACGCUGCAGACGCUGGUGGUGGUGGGAAAGCUUGGGAUGCAGCGGCUGGCGACGUCAUCGUCGUCAAGCGUGCAGACACUCGCGCGCAUCAUGCGCUUUGUUGCGCUGGUCAACUUUGAGAUCGAAGUUGUCCGCCCGGGCUGCUCUAUCCCGCGCGUCGCCUUUCUCUCGCUCUGGCUGGGCACCCUUGGCCUCACACUUGUCGCUGCCUUUGCCUUUCUUGUCACAGUCUGGCUGCGUACCGUGUUGGCUGCGCGAGCUGCGCGUGGCAAGGCCACCGCGGCUGCGCGCGCCUUUGACUUUGGCACUGUCAUCCGUGCCCGCACCAUGCACGCACUCAUCAUUCUCGCUUCGCUCGUCUUUCUGCAAGUCUCGUUGCGGACGUUUCAGGCCCUCAACUGCGUACGGGCCGGUGACGGCAGCCUGCGGCUUGCGAUCGAGCUGCGGCUGCGGUGCUUUGAAGGCAGUCAUUCCAGGUUUGCGCCGGGUAUCUUUGCCACUGCUCUCUUGUUCUCGCUUGGCUUUCCGGUUGCGGCGCUUCUUGUGGCACUGCGAACCCGAAAGCGUGUGCUCGCAGGCAUGCCCAUCGACGCCGCCAUCGAAGCCUACGGCUACAUCAUCCGCGGCCUCAAACCCAAGUACCUGUGGUUCCGGACACUGACAUUGGCCACGACGCUCACGUUUGUGCUCGAGACCGUUUUUGUGGCAUCGCCGAGCGCGCGCGUCUUUGCCGCCUGUUUCAACUUUGGCGUCUCGCUGCUCUUGGUCGGAGUCCUGGAUCCGUUCCUCGAGCGGCUACACACCGGCCUCGCACUCGCAUCGGGCAUGGCAUCUUCCGCGCAGAUCCUGUACUUUCUGUAUCGCGAGAAUGUGACGCUCUUUGGCGUUGGUGCUGGCUUCCAGGCUCUUGUCCUCGCCAUCAUCGCUGCGGUCCUCAUUGUGCGCACCUUGUAUCGGUCGCGGACGCGCCAGACGGCUGUCGAGCCAGCGACGCCUGGCGUGGCACUCGACUCGCCGAUCAGACAGCAAUACGCCUUUGCCAACGCGCAACCAGCUGGUCAAGUCUCCGACAACCAACUUUAG